AUCUUAUUCUCCUAUUUUUAGAGAAAGGCCGCCGUCUCAUUGGCUUCCACUUCCCCAUUUGCGAUCGGUGUCAAGGGCGAUAAAGGAGAGCCGGCGGCGCCUUGGGUGAGAGACAGAGGAGGGCGAAGAUGAGCGGAAACGGGGUGAAGAAGGUGGCGGAAGUGGCCGCAAAGGCGACUAAGUCGAUCGAUUGGGACGGCAUGGCGAAGGCCCUCGUCUCCGACGAGGCCCGCAAGGAGUUCGCCAACCUCCGCCGCGCCUUCGACGAGGUCAACAGCCAACUCCAGACCAAAUUCUCCCAGGAACCUGAACCUAUUGACUGGGAAUAUUACAGGAAAGGAAUUGGGUCGCGCUUGGUGGAUAUGUAUAAAGAGGCUUAUGAAAGCAUAGAGAUCCCCAAGUAUGUUGACACGGUGACUCCUGAAUACAAGCCCAAAUUUGAUGCCUUGCUGGUUGAGUUAAAAGAAGCAGAAAAACAAUCAUUGAAGGAAUCAGCACGAUUGGAGAAAGAAAUAGCUGAAGUUCAGGAGAUGAAGAAAAAAAUAAGCACAAUGACAGCUGAUGAGUAUUUUGAGAACCAUCCUGAGCUCAAGCAGAAGUUUGAUGAUGAAAUUCGAAAUGAUAAUUGGGGAUAUUGAUGUCAGGGAGGUUUCCUUCAGUUGCUGGGAACGUCAUGGGAAUUUUAAUAAAUAUAUCUUGGUGCCCUGUACAUUGGAAUGGAACCAAUGUGAGCAGGUGAUAUGUUUUUUGUCCUUGAAAUUGGAAAUUUCUCAUUGAUGUUGUACUUUCAUCCUACUCUUUGGGAUCUCGGUUUAAUAAUUGCCUUCAUUUUGUUGGUCA